UUCUCUGACUCUAACUCGCCGACAUUUCAAUAGGAUACACUACAGCCAUAGCAGACCUGGACUGCACAGAAACCCUCCAGCAGUAUCUCUCCUCAGUCUCAUUGGCUCAAAAAUGUCUCGGAUUUGAACAUUACCAACAUUCUAGGCAGCGAUUGUCGCCCCACCUCCUCAUUAUCAGCGCACCCGCCCCCACUGUUCUUGCUCCCUCGCCCAGAAUUUCAUAUCCUCCGAGUCCAGCUUCAUCAUCAAUACAGCCUUAAGAUCAUUCCAACCCCCCGCCCCCCCUUCUCCCCCAAAUGCAAGAUUCGCGCAAUCACUCGCAAUUUUAGGGACACCUCCCCUCACCAUGACCCGCCCCAUCCACCUCCUCGUCUUCCCAACCCGCGCCUCAAAGAUAAACGGAACUCGAUCACACUGGGCUUUGUUCAUUCCUUAUACCACCGAUUCCUCGGUUGGGAAACUGAUUCAAGUCCUUGGAACCCCGUUCACUGGGUAUGGACUAGAAUUCAAACGCAACUACAACCUUACCCUCAUCACUGAGAAACUCGAGAAAGUUUUCUUGGGAGAGGUGGCUGAGAAAUGGGUCCAAGCUGACGACGACGAGGCAGGAGAUGGAAAAACAAUAACGGACGUGACUCCCAGGGAUGAGAUCGAGAGAUUGGCGAAACGGAUUGAGGUGCCAGGUAUUAGUAAGGAGCCUUUGAAUCCCCUAGUGGGAAGGAGAUGUCAGGAGUGGACUAGAGAACUUGUCGAGGUUCUCAUUGGGAAAGGAAUUUUGAAUGAGGGUGCCAUCGGAGUUCUGGAUCGAGUGAAGGCUGCUGAAGGAAAGGGUACAGGGGGUAGCGAAGGUCCGACUGGUGCUUAAAUCGACCAGUCUAGAUUAAGGUCUCUAGAUCUCGGGUGACAAGGGAGAUUCUAAAUGUACCAGGCCGUGUAUAUCAGAUAACGAAGUGGUAUUUUGAAAGCCUCAUUGGAUGGGAAUUGCAAUCCGGUUCUCUUAUAUUGAAAUUUGUUUUUCUGUCUGGCGAUUUCGAAGAAAAAAAACAUGAUUUGUAUAUUUGAUAGUUUUAUCAUUCGAAAUGGGGUCACAGCAAGUGCCUCG